AAAAUUUCGAGGCCAACUCCAAAAUUCUUCCUUGUCCUUUCUCUUGGGGGGGAACAGUCGGCCGAUCUAGCCAAAGCACUCUGUCGCUGUCUCCCCCCGCGCCAACACCCGUCUUCCAUCUUCUCUGGAUCCGCUGGCUCGGUUUAGUUGCAUUUGAAUCCUUUGUUGAUUGCGCAGAAAUGCCGGCGACAAAUGGUCUCAACGCCAACGAGGGCAUCCUCGACUACCGGAAGGCGGUCGAGGUGCUCUCGGAGUACGAGAGCCGCGAUGGUCUCAGCAUCAGCGAGCUCAUGGACACCAAGGUCCGUGGCGGCUUAACGUACAAUGAUUUCUUGCUGCUCCCGGGCUACAUCGGCUUCCCCGCCUCUGCCGUCACCCUUGACUCGCCCAUCACCAAGAAGAUCACGCUCAAGACGCCCUUCGUGUCUUCGCCCAUGGACACCGUCACCGAGCAUGAAAUGGCGAUCCACAUGGCGCUCCAGGGCGGUCUCGGCGUGAUCCACCACAACUGCUCUCCCGACGCCCAGGCCGACAUGGUGCGGAAGGUCAAGCGGUACGAAAACGGCUUCAUCUUGGAUCCCGUCGUGAUCAAGCGGGAUACGACCGUUGGCGAGGCCAAGGCUCUGAAGGAGAAGUGGGGUUUUGGUGGUUUCCCCGUGACAGAGACCGGCAAGCUGGGCUCCAAGCUCCUCGGCAUCGUCACGAACCGGGACAUCCAGUUUGAGGACGACCUCGAUCAGCCCGUGUCCAACGUCAUGGUCACCGAUCUCAUCACCGCCCCGGCCGGAGUCACGCUGCUCGAAGCGAACAAGAUUCUUGCAAAUUCCAAGAAGGGCAAGCUCCCGAUCGUUGACCAGGAGGGAAACCUCGUCUCGAUGAUCUCGCGUUCCGACUUGACCAAGAAUUUGCACUUCCCGCUGGCUUCCAAGGCGCCGGACUCGAAGCAGCUGAUAUGCGCCGCCGCCAUCGGCACCCGACCCGAGGACAAAGUCCGUCUUGCGAAGCUGGUUGAUGCUGGCCUGGACAUUGUCGUUCUCGACAGCAGCCAAGGCAACAGCAUAUACCAGAUCGAGAUGAUCAAGUGGAUCAAGCAGGAGUACCCCAAUCUCGAGGUCAUUGGCGGGAACGUCGUGACCAGAGAGCAGGCUGCUGCCCUGAUCGCCGCUGGUGUGGACGGUCUUCGGAUUGGCAUGGGUAGCGGCAGUGCCUGUAUCACCCAGGAGGUCAUGGCGGUCGGCCGUCCUCAGGCCACAGCCGUCUACAACGUGUGCUCCUUCGCCUCCAAGUUCGGCGUGCCCUGCAUCGCCGAUGGCGGGAUCCAGAACGUUGGCCACAUCGUCAAGGGUCUUGCACUGGGCGCGUCGACCGUCAUGAUGGGGGGGCUGCUGGCUGGAACUACCGAGUCCCCCGGCACGUCGUUCGUGUCCAGGGAGGGCAAGCUCGUCAAGGCCUACCGUGGCAUGGGCAGCAUCGACGCCAUGCAGGACAAGAAGGCUGGCGGUGGCGGCAAGGACAGCCAAAAGAGCAAUGCUGGCACUGCUCGCUAUUUCUCGGAAGGUGACAGCGUCCUGGUUGCCCAGGGCGUCUCUGGCGCGGUGGCCCACAGAGGAUCUGUCACCAAGUUCGUUCCUUACCUCGUGGCCGGUCUCAAGCACUCGUUGCAGGACUGCGGUAUGACCAGCCUGAAGGAGCUUCACGAAUGUGUGGCGAAUGGCACGGUGAGGUUUGAGGUCCGCACCGCCAGCGCCCAGAUGGAGGGCAACGUAAACAUGGAGUCGUAUGAGAAGAAGCUGUAUGCUUAAAUGGCCCGGUGAGGUAGAAGUGACGGAAAAGAGAUGGACGCUAAGGCGGCCGAAGAACUCAUGGGAAUGAAUGGGAAUGGUUGCUACGGAGUUUACGGGAUUAGGACCGGUGCUGACCAUGCUGUUGAUGUUCUUGUGGAAUGAGUAGGCCACAUAACUAAAUCCUCACACUCUGUGAGUCAGCAUGA